AUGGAAGGCAUCAAAUUUGAUAAUUUAGCAUUACGAGUGUUGCCAAUUGAUCCAAUUGAAGAGAAUUACGUUAGAACUGUUUCUGGAGCUUGUUUUUCUAAAGUCAAACCAACUCCAGUUAAAAGUCCCAAGUUAGUUGUUUCUUCAAUGGAUGCUCUCAGAUUAAUAGACAUUGAUGAAGAAGUCGCAAAAAAUGAAAGACAAUUAGCUGAAAUAUUUAGUGGCAAUGUGUUAUUACCAGGCAUGGAUCCUGCUGCACAUUGUUACUGUGGUCAUCAGUUUGGCUAUUUUAGUGGUCAACUAGGUGAUGGUGCUACAAUGUAUCUCGGCGAAGUCAUUAAUAAGAAUAAUGAACGAUGGGAAUUACAAUUUAAGGGUGCAGGAAAAACUCCAUAUUCUCGAACAGCUGAUGGUCGUAAAGUUCUUCGAAGUUCCGUUCGAGAAUUUUUAUGUAGCGAAGCAAUAUUCUAUUUGGGUAUACCAACAACACGAGCCGGAACAUGUGUUACUUCUGAUGAUUAUGUUAUAAGAGAUAUAUUCUAUGAUGGUAAUCCUAAACGAGAACGAUGUACAAUAAUCACACGCAUAGCUCAAACAUUUAUUCGAUUUGGUUCAUUUGAAAUAUUUAAAACAAUCGAUCCCAUGACGGGUCGAAAGGGUCCAUCCGUUGGACGAUAUGAUAUAUUAAAAACUUUACUUAACUAUGUUAUUUCAACAUUUUAUCCAGAAAUCGAAGAAAAACAUAAUUCAAAAGACGAAGAUAAAUAUGCUGCAUUUUUCGAAGAAAUUGUCAAGCGAACAGCAUCACUUGUUGCUCAAUGGCAAUGUGUUGGAUGGUGUCAUGGAGUACUCAAUACUGAUAAUAUGUCUAUUGUUGGUGUCACUAUUGAUUAUGGACCGUAUGGAUUCAUGGAUCGUUAUGAUCCUACUUUUAUUUGUAAUGGUUCAGAUGAUAGUGGUCGAUAUUCAUACAAGCAACAACCAAGUAUUUGUAAAUGGAAUUGUGGAAAAUUAGCUGAAGCUUUAGCACCACUGUUAUCAAUAGAAAAAUCCAAAUCAAUUUUGAAUAAAUUUGAUGAAGAGUAUGAACUUGUUUACGCGAAUAAAAUGCGACAAAAAUUUGGUCUUAUCCAGAAGCAAUUAGAAACAGAUCAACAAUUAUUUGAUACAUUUUUAAAUACAAUGGAAACGACUGGUGCAGAUUUUACUAAUUCAUUUCGUGCACUGUCAAAAGUUCAUUUGCCAAAUACAAAAGAUUUCGAUCAAUCGAUCGACUUAUUUAUAUCAACCAUUCUAGAGCAAUGCUGCGAUGCUGAAGAGUGGAAGUUUGUUCAUAGAUCAGCCAUUGAUGAAAGAACAUUUAGUUUACUGGAAUCUCUUGCGGGAACAAAUGCUUCAAUUUUGAGUCAAUUUGGAUUUAGUCCCGAACUACUUGAAAUUGAAAGAAUCAAAAAGCAAAAAGCUAAAGAAUUAGAAACAAUGACAAAUGAAUACAAACGAAAAGAUGAUGAAAAAGCAUGGCGUUCAUUUGUAGAAAUCUAUGUUGAACGAUUGAAACAAGAAAUCGAUGGAGAUACUGAUCAAUUAAAUGCAAAACGAAUUCAAGUCAUGAAAAACAGCAAUCCACGAAUGGUUCUAAGAAAUUAUCUUGCGCAACGUGCAAUUGAUUUAGCCGAGAACGGUGAUUAUUCUGAAGUACGCAAUCUACUUGAAGAGCUUAAACACCCAUAUGAAGGUGAUGAUCAUAAUACGAUACGUGUGGCAAAAACGAAUGCAACAACAACUGAAGCAGAAGCAUUCCUUCCAGCGUCCGAUACGGCACAGAAAUAUGCUACAGAUACUUGCCUUCAGCCAAUAAUCUAUGAAUCAAAGGCACCACCAAAUGCUUGUCGUAUUCGUGUCACUUGA